AAAAAUAAUGCAAUUUAUACGAACAACCGCAAGUAUUUUUAAUAAUUAUGUAGUUGAAAUGAAUUAUAUUUGUCAUAUUAAAUGAAAGUAAAAAAUAAGGAGAAGUUAAUUAACCGGUAAAAAUUUGCUUAUUUACAACUACCUUCAAUCUUAUGGAUCCAGAAUUUCUAUCAAGAUUGGUGCCACAAAACAAAGAUCAUGCAAGACCUGCUUGCAAAAAAUGUGGUUACGCAGGACAUUUGACUUAUCAGUGUCGCAAUUUUAUUAAAGUUGAUCCAAACAAAGAAAUCGUAUUAGAUGUAAGUAGUACCAGUUCAAACAGCGAUGAAAACUAUGUUACACCAUUAACAGAAUUGCGUGAAAAAGAAUUAAAAAAGAAAUUGAAAGAAGCGAAAAAGAGACACAAGGAAAAGAAAAAUAAGAAAAGUUCGAAGAAAAAAAAGAGAACUAAAUCAAGCGAUACGGAAUCUGAUAGUUCAUCUACGGAAGAAGAUGAGGAAGAGCGAAAGGCAGAGAAACGACAUAAACAUAAAAAAAGAAAGAAAAAGUCUAAACAUAAAAAGAAAAAGAAACGUAAAAGGGAAACCUCAUCAGAGAGCAACAGUGAUUAAUGUCAACGGUGGCUCAUUGUCAAAACCACUAUUGAUACAAAAUUUAUAAUAUAAAAUAGUUUUAAAUAAUUUUUUAAUUCCGUCAUAUAUGGUCUUUCCUAAUAUAAUGUAUAUACAUUAAUAGACAUUUUA